AUGUUGGUAUUGUCCGUCUUCAUGGCGUCGUUAAUGUCGCUAACGUGGGCGCAAACGUCCCGCUGGGGGCCCUGUCCCACACCUAAGGUGCAGCCAAACUUCAGCCUUGAAAAGUAUUUGGGUCGUUGGUACGAAAUUGCCAAGCUUCCUACACGAUUCGCGAGAGGAAAGUGCAUCGAGGCUAACUACUCUCUCCGACGAGACGGAACCAUUCGGGUUUUGAACAAGCAGUUUUAUAAAGAAAAGACGAGAUCAGCAGAGGGGACAGCGGUGAUCCCUGACCCGAGAGAACCAUCCCGAAUUGGAGUUAGCUUCUCCUACUUCACACCGUACAGCCCGUACUUGGUCCUGAGUACGGACUACGAAGAAGUGGCCGUGGUCUACUCGUGCACAGACGUCCUGCGCAUCUUCCACAUAGAGUUCGCGUGGGUCUUGAGCCGCGCGCGCUUCCUGCCGCCCGAAACGUUUCGCUACGCGGAAGAAUUGCUUCUGGGGGAAGGCAUCGACCUUUCUCCCAUGACCUUUACCGACCAGACGGGAUGCAAGGACGACUGA